ACUCCUUCCCUCUCCGGUAAAGAGGGAAAGGAGUUGGGUUGGCAAAUCGGUUACAAGAGAAAGGGAAAGGCACUGGGAGAAGGCGGAGCGGGGGCGGCCUGGAGCGCUGAUCCGGCGCCGAAACGCGGGCAGUCGGGGGCCAAGGGCUUGAGCCAGGAGGCCCCGGAGCAGCAGCCGCCCGCUCCUCACGCCGCCGCCACCGCCCCCGCGGUUGCCUGGACACGGGAUAACCGACUUGGGGCCUCGACCGCAGCAGAGCCGGAGGGGUGGGCAGGCGCGGGUCCGGGAGACGCGCGGGGAGACGCGCGGAGCCGUGUCUGCUCAAUCAAGUCAAAUACUGAACAACUUCCUGGCGGAGAGGCUGAGAAUUUUAUACUUGCUUGCUCGACAGCACCCCAAAUAAGAUGAUCCACGCCAACACCUCCCCUUUACAGGUUUUAAAAUAUUCUUAUAACUAUGACUGAAAACAAGACAGUUUCCUCUUCUUCCACUAGAGAUGAUCAAACCAAUAUAGGUUUAACAUGUCAGGAAGUAAAGGCUCUCAGAGAGAAGGCAUGGUCAAGGACAAAUGAAGGCAAUGCCACGUCUCAAAGUUUGGUUCUAUAUGGAGCCUCUAAGGAGAACAGUGAAGGUUUUCAUGAAAGUAAAAUGACAAAUACUGAAGAGGUGAAUAAAGGCAUUUACUUUAGCUACCCAUGUCGACGUCACAGCUGUGCCGUAGUAAACAUCCCAGCACCUUGUGUCAACAAAAUGAUUUCACACAUCCAAGAUGUGGAGUCCAAAAUACAGGAGCAUUUGAAAAGGUUUGAAACUUCUUUUGAAGAAUGGAGCAGAACUUCUUCCACAAAAGACCUGAAAGAAGAUUGGAGUGUAACUACACCAGUGAAAGAGGUCAAACCAGGAGAAAAUAGAGAUGAAAAGUGUCCAGAGUUAAAGCAGGAAAUGGAAACGUUGCUCUCAGAGGCCAUUCAUCUCAUUAAAAGUCUAGAAACUGACCGGGCAGACGCUGAAGAAGCUUUAAAACAACAGAGAUCAAGAAAGAAUAUGAUUAACAUGAAAAUUGACUCUUGGUCAGUCUGGAAACUUCAAGAACUCCCAUUGGCUGUGCAGAAAGAACAUGAGGCCUCUUUGAGUGAUGUUAUAGAAUUACAAUGGCAUCUUGAAGAUAAAGCUAAUCAACUACAACAUUUUGAAAAACAGAAGACAGAGUUAGAAGAAGCAAAUGCAAAGAUUCAAGCAGACAUAGACUACAUGAAUGAACAUGGCCCUCUACUGGACUCUAAGCAGAAUCAGGAACUUCAAGAUCUGAAGAACCAUUAUAAAAAAAAAAUGGAGGUAAUGGACCUACACAGAAAAGUUAAUGAAGAACUUGAAGAAGCUUUAGAAGCCUGUGAAAAUGCCAGAUUGAAGGCUCAGCAAAUUAAAGAAGAGAUUGAUAAGGAUAUUUACCAGGAUGAAAAAACCAUAGAGGCCUACAAGAGAGAGAUACAUCAACUUAACAGUCUAUUUGAUCAUUACUCUUCAUCAGUGAUAAAUGUUAAUACUAAUAUUGAGGAGAAGGAAGAGGAAGUGACUGAAGCAAUAAGGGAAACAAAGUCAUCAAAAAAUGAAUUACAUUCUCUAUCAAAAACGCUGGAAGAUUUGAAAAGAGUUUAUGACCAACUAACCUGGAAGCAAAAAAGUCAUGAAAAUCAGUAUCUGGAAGCAGUUAAUAAUUUUUAUGCUGCAAAAAAAACAUGGGAUAUUGAGCUUUCUGAUGUUGCAAAAGAUUUUUCAGCUAUUUCUUUGGCAUGUACAAAACUGACGGAAGACAAUAAAAAAGUUGAGAUUGAUAUUAACAAAAUAACAGAAAAAACCAAUGAAAGCAUACGGAAAAAAUCAAAAUACGAAUCUGAAAUAAAAUAUUUGACAAUAAUGAAGUUAAAGAAUGAUAAACAUCUCAAGAACAUCUAUAAGGAGGCUUAUCGCAUUGGUACUCUUUUCCACCUAACCAAACACAAGACAGAUGAAAUGGAAGAUAAAAUAGCAGAAGUGAGAAGAAAGUUCAAGGGUAGAGAAGAAUUCCUGAAAAAACUCACUCAAGGUGAAGUGGCUGCUGGAAUGGUGCUUCAGAAAAAACUAUAUUCCAUUUACGAAGUCCAGGCACUUGAGCGGAAAGAGCUUAUAAAAAAUAGAGCAAUAUGUGCCAUGUCACUGGCAGAACUACAGAAACCUCUGCUUCAACUAGAAGAUGAAGCUGAAAGAAUCAGAACUCUCAACAAAGAACAUUCUGUUAUGCUUAAUAAUAUAAUUGAUCAGAAAGAUCUUAUUAGAAGAAAGGUGGGAAAAGUAAAGAAAAAAUUACGAAAAAAGGGGAAGAAAGCCCUUGAUGCAUUAAUAGAAACUGAGAGUAAACGCUCAGCAAUUUUUAAAGACCUAGAAGCAACUAAAAGUAAGACAAUGAUUUUUUAUGCAAAAAUAAAUGGAUUGAAUGAGGAAUUAAAAGCAAAAGAAGAAGAAAAGAAAAGUUUUGAUCAGACACUUGAAAUAUUAAAGAACAAAUUUAUAACUAUGAGAUUUAAAAGGGAACAUGCACAAACUGUGUUUGAUCAUUAUAUGCAAGAGAAAAAAGACUGUGAAGAGAGAAUCUUUGAGGAAGAUCAGAGAUUUAGAGUGCUCCUUGCUGUAAGACAAAAAACUCUUCAAGAUACCCAAAAAUCCACUGGUUUCUCUGUGACUCUCCAGGGAAGUUCACUUUCACAAAGUAACAAAGGGCACCGGUUCAUUUUCAUCUUCUGGUUCCACCAUCACAACUGACGCCCUUCAUGGUCUCCUUGACAGCAGAAGAGAAAGCUGAAGGGUCACACACCAUCCAUUUAGUGUCUUGGCCUCAAAUUUAUUUAUGUGUAUUCUGUUCAUGACCCAUUUGUGCAGAACUAUUCUCAGGGCCCUUCCUAAUUGCAGUGGGGCUGAGAAAUGUGUGUAAGCCUAUGGAUAUUUGGUAAGCAGCCGAUGUCUCCCAUUAAUGCUAUUAUAAUUUUUAAAAUUUUGCAAAAUUCUGGGUCAGUAUUGUGCUUUAUGAUGAACUAGAUAACAUUUCAAGUGUACUAUACCCAAUAAAUCAUACUUAAAAUUGAAGAGGACAAGGAUAUUCUUAGCAAGAGGACUAUAACAAGUUGGGAAAUUAGUGGAGAUAUUGUAUAAACAUGAAUGUUCCUGUCCUGAGCCUGGAAAAUAGCAAAAAUUCAAACCCUUUUUAAAACAUAGUUUUAAAAAUACAAGGCAUUUGAGAAAAAAUGAAUAACCCCAAUUUGAAAAGAAGGUUUAUAAAUGGAAUCGUGAUAAAUAUUUUUUGAUUGGUAGAAAGGAACCAGGUGGCAGAGACUAUGAAAUGGACUAAUUCAAACUAAUUCUUGAAACAAUUAGUCCAAACCUUUUAAAAAGUAUUUUAGUUCAAGAAUGGUUAGAUGUCUGGAAAUUAAGCUCAUAAUGAUCAGAUAUAAAACUGCAAAUCUUGACCAUCAAAAUAAGGAGGUUCUUUGAACACUAGGAGGAAGACUAUGGAUGUUGGUUAGAGAGAAAUAAUGCGUAUGCAUUAUUUUAAAUAUAUUUGCCUAGUCCUUGUGUUAUCAAUAACUUACUAAUAGCCUUCGAAAGAAAUUUCAUAGGAAGUGAUAAGAAAAUGGUAAUCUUGGUCAAUAGGCCACCAGGUGAUUCAUGGCACUGUUAUUCUAGGAAAAAUACUGCUCCUUUGUUGAGUUCUAAUUUUCUUCCUUCAGUCUUUUCAUUACAUUUCUUCAGGAAUUAUUUUUAUUCUGCUGACUUUUCUGUUAUUUAGACAUUUUAAAACCGAAUAUGAUUUUAGAUUUGAUUUUUUCUUGAAAUUACUUCUACAAUUAUUUCCUCCAGCCUUUUCAACAUUAGAAAUUUGGCAACAUAACUGAAAGUAGUGCAUAAGGAAUGGAGAUUAUGAAGGGAACAAGCAUAUAGUUUAGGGUGUGGUCAGUCACUUCAUUCUCUUCCUCUCCGGACAUAAUGACAAUAGGCUUGAAAAAAGAGAAACUCACCUAUUCAUUGAAUCGAGCUGCUUCUGCUAGCACUAUAAUAUUAUAAUAUCUUUAACACUUGUUUUAUAACUUGUAAAGAACUUAAUAUUAAAGUAUGACCCAUUAUAAUGUUGCUGACAUUUCAAUGUCACAAUAUUAAAAUAUUGUGCCAUUGAAGAAUAAAUCCUAGAAGGAGCAGGUAUGUAAAAUAGGACAAAUUUAAGGAAAGCAAAAUAAAAUCACAAAUGACAUCUAGUGAAAAAACCUUGAAAGGGAAUUGUCUUUAAUUAGUUCACAGUUGGAGAUGGUUCAUACUGCUUAUUUUAGUUAAGUCUUUCAUUUGAGGAGAAACAAGCUAUUUAACUUUCAGGAUGCUUGCGGGUAGUUGGAGAGCAACUUGAAUCCUCUAUCUUAUUGAAUAAAACUCUGCCUUCAAUAUAGUAUAAUUUUGAUAGGGAAGAAUAUCAUCUACAAAAUAUAAUCUAUUGGGAUUUGUCACACAUUAGAACAAAAACUCAAAGGUGGUGCAGUAAAGUAAAUUUAUGGCAUGUUUAUGAGUCUGUGUAGGAGUCAUUGAUAUUUAUUUUAAUGAGUAAAAUUGGCUCAGAAGCAUUUCUAAGUAGAUAUCCUUUCUACUAAGCCCUAAUACAAGAUCUAAGCUUAUGGCGAGAAGAAUCCCCUGGUUUACCAUAUGUGGUAGAUUUUUCUAUGUAGAGAAUAUAAGGAAUGAAAGAAAUUCUGAUAAACAUGUUAAUACUUUGGUUUUAUAAAGGUUUAUGAACAAAUAUCCUCAGAAAAGAAUGAAACUUUUACACUAAUAUUCCACAAGCCUGCUACUUUGCUGAAAUCUGGUUUUGUAAUAUACUUAUAACCAUCCACGCUUAUCUGUUGUUCACACAAGGUCUACCCACUUCAAGUAUCUCUAUAUAAUAAUAUUAGGGAACAUUAUUUCACUACAGACUUCAUGAAAACAAUGGAAUCCUACCAAAGUUGAAGCUGCACCGUGAAUGAUAGCUCUGUGCAUUUGUAUAACACUUAUUUAGUCAUAAUCUGUUUACAACAAAAAUAUAGAGAUACAGCAGAGGAUAUUCAGGGGCUAUAUUUAUAAAUUUCCAGUUCCUCCUAACUCACAAUGUGAUGAGAACACGUAGCCAAAUGUAACCACAAAAAUAGUCUUUGGUUUUUACUUAUAUUCUGCUUCUAGGUUUUGUGAUGCUUCUAUGUGUAUGUUCAAGAAAAUUCUUGUGUUGUGCUCUUCUUCACUGAAAAGAUACUUUCCAGUGUGAUGGUUUCAAACUCUGUAUUUAUCCUUGUUCCCAAAAUUCAAUUAAAACAUAUUAUUUGUGAUGACCGUUUUGCCCAAUAAACUCUGCACAAUGCU